UCGUUUGUUUUUACUAACGUGCAUUGUGAGAUAGUGACAGAUGCUAAGAUGGUUAACAACAGGGAAGAGAUUUCGGAGCUCGUCGAGAAACGAGACGCUGGUGUAUAACGCUCAUUCAAAUCAGUUGAUAUGCGCGCGAACUCUGCACGUGCAAUCAUGUGCUCUCGUAGUUCGCUUCGCCGGCAUCGGUGAAUGUUACGUGGUUUGCGCGCUUUUGACAGCUUUUCGUGUUUACGUCUACGAUGACUAUGGAAUCGAAACGCGAAAAAUACUUCCUCUACAACAGUUUGUCGAUUUUGCUGAGAGCUGUAGAACAGCAACGUACAACAAUAGAUCUCCGGAAUGAAGCGUCGAUCUUCGGCACCGUCGAACACACCGAUGCAUUCAUGAACGUUGUAAUGAGGGACUGCGUGUUUACAGACCCACGUGGGGAUUCCUUCAAAUAUGACAUGUUUUUCGUGCAAGCAAGGAACAUUCGCUGCGUUCAUAUCCCACCGAAUAUACGGAUUAUACCAGCUAUCACGGAACAGUUAAAACGAUUAGGAGGUCCACAAAGGGAACUGAAGGAUACGAAACGCACAUUCAAAACGAAACGCACUCAACAAAGACAACAAGAAGGCCUUGCAGCUGUAAAAAAAAUUUUAGAAAAUAAAACAGAAGUUGGAGGCGCAGAGUAAAAAUAAAUAAAACUUGUAAUAAAGUUAUAAUUUAUUAUCUUUUAAUUAGCAUUUGAUUUGGAAGCUAGAAUAAUAUUAAGCAUGUUUUAAUAUACACAUCAUUAAAUAAUGAUUAAAUUUGUCUUGUAUAUACUUUAAUGAUAAAAACUUA